AGUUAAUAGUGAAAAUAAAUCGCCCGUCUUAGCCUACGCGAUUGCGCAUAAUAGCGGUACAGUUUGGUGCUUAGAGUGGUGCCCGUCAGGAUGCUAUCAGGAUGUCGAUCUUGGUAACUACAAAGCGGGCGGAAGUGAUCUCAGGCGAAUGGGAUUACUUGCAGCUGCAUGCUCCGAUGGAUGUAUACAUAUUUAUUCGCUACCGUUCGCGGACGAACUUAAAUUCGAAAAAACGGAAGACAAUUCGUGGCCGAUUUACAAGACCGAUCCGGUAAUAACAUUGGUCAAGAAUAUUCUUAUGUAUGACAAUAAUGAACAAAACUGGCAGUGUACCAGGCUGUCGUGGACGAAGGAGCAUGGACAUAAGUAAUAUCCGUAAUCUAAAUUAUUUUUCGUGUACAAUCUU